AUGGGUCUCAUGAAAGGCAACAAAACUGGAAACGGAUAUGCAAACGUUACAUGUGACUAUGAUGUAUGUCCAAUUGAAGACUACGUGAAUGAGAUUGAGGAUUAUGUAAAACCUGAACUGUUUGAAUGGUUUGUCAUCGUUUUGUUUGCUGUUGUUUUCAUUGUUGGCAUCGUUGGGAACUUUUUAGUGUGUUUUGCUGUCUGGCGAAACUCUACAAUGCGGAAUUUUACAAACUACUUUAUUGUUAACUUGGCCGUUGCUGAUUUUCUCGUUGUGGUUUUGGUGUUACCCCCUACUCUGGUUCAUGACGUCAUGGAGUCCUGGUUCAUCGGAAGAGAGAUGUGCAAAGUUCUACAGUUUCUGCAGGUUGUUUCCGUGUCAGUCUCCGUUCUUACUCUCAGUGCUAUAUCCGUGGAGAGAUGGUAUGCAAUCUGUCUACCACUGAAGUUUAAAACAACAGCCAAUCGGACCAGAAACAUGAUCAUCAUCAUUUGGAUCAUCUCUAUCAUCAUCGCCAUCCCGGAAGCAGUAUUCAUGGACACCCAUCGAACCGUUCCUGCGAACGUAUCAGACCUGUUGAUCAUCUGUAGACCAACGGACCCAGAUAAACAACAACAUUACCAGCUAUUUGUGAUGAUCGGCCUGUACUUUAUUCCAGGAGGAUUGUUAGCUGUGGCGUACAUCCACAUCGUCAUUGUGCUAUGGCGCAACCAAAUUCCUGGAGCUGUAGAAUGUAGCUCGCAACCAAUGGAUCAGAAGAUUCAGUCUAGACGCAGGGCAGCGAAGAUGCUAAUCGCCGUUGUGGUGUGUUUCUUCGUCUGUUAUUUCCCUGUCCAUCUCUUGAAUAUACUGCGAUAUACUCAACAGCUUCAUUCUUUAUCCCCUACCUUAACUAGGGUUUUGGCCUUAGGUUCGCAUUUCCUCUGCUACUUUAACAGUGCGUUGAACCCUGUCAUUUACAACUUCAUGAGUGGAAAAUUUCGCAAGGAAUUUCGGGAUGCCUGUUCUUGUUGUCUUUCGCGGGGCAGACCACCUAAAUCACCAUGCGAGAGUUACCGGUAUUCCUAUAGUAAUGCAAACAACACCAGAACAGAGCAGUUUUCACUAACGACCAUGUCGCCUAAACACCAUUCUGAGAGGUCUGCCUGA